GCGGAGCCCCGCCCCCUCCGGUCCCCCGCCAAGAUGGCCGCCUAUCUGCAGUGGCGGCGCUUCGCUUUCUUCGACCGGGAGCCGCUGACGGACUGCGGCGGGACCCCGGUGCUGCUCCCUCCGGGCAUCGUGGUCUGCGACUCGGGCAGGGGCAGCCUGGUCUUCGGGGAUUGGGAAGGGCAGAUCUGGUUCCUGCCGCGCUCCCUGGAGCUGAGCAGCUUCCAGGCCUACAAGCUGCGGGUGACGCACCUCUUCCAGCUGAAGCAGCACAGCAUCCUGGUGUCGGUGGGCGAGGAGGAGGAAGGGCUGAAUCCCCUGGUCAAAGUCUGGAAUUUAGAGAAACGUGAGGGUGGGACACCUCAGUGCACCAGGAUUUUCCCUGCAAUACCAGGCAACAAACUCACGCUGGUAUCCUGUCUCACCGUCCAUGAAAAUCUCAACUUCAUGGCUAUUGGCUUUGUGGAUGGGAGUGUGGUGCUUAUCAAGGGGGACAUUACAAGGGAUCGGCAUAGUAAAACUCAAGUCCUACAGGAAGGAGGCCACCCAGUUACUGGGCUUGUAUUUCGCCAGUCAAGCAAAACAACUCAUCUGUUUGUGGCUACCACUGAGAAAAUCCAGUGUUACACGCUCUCAGUGAAGGAUUGUCCACUGCUGGAACUGGACAUGCGUGGCUGUGGACUGCGCUGCUCCACUCUUAGUGAUCCCUCCCAGGACCUCCAGUUUAUAGUGGCAGGAGAUGAAUGUGUAUAUCUGUACCAGCCAGAUGAGCGCGGGCCUUGCUUUGCCUUUGAGGGUCAAAAGCUGAUUGUCCACUGGUAUCGAGGCUAUCUGAUUAUCGUGUCGAAGGACUGGAAAGUAUCUCCCAAAUCUGAGUUUACUGGGGGAGAUUCACAAAACUCUGACAAGCAGAUCCUGAAUAUUUAUGACCUGGGCAACAAGUUCAUUGCUUACAGCUCUGUCUUUGAUGAUGUGGUGGAUGUCCUGGCAGAGUGGGGAUGCCUGUAUGUGUUGACGAGGGAUAGGAAACUCCAUGUGCUGCAGGAGAAGGAUACGCAGACCAAACUGGAGAUGCUCUUCAAGAAGAACCUUUUUGAAAUGGCCAUCAACCUGGCUAAAAGUCACCACCUGGACAGUGAUGGGUUGUCUGAGAUCUUUCGCCAAUACGGAGAUCACCUGUACAACAAGGGCAACCAUGAUGGUGCUAUUCAGCAAUACCUCCGCACUAUUGGGAAACUGGAGCCUUCUUAUGUCAUCCGUAAGUUCCUGGACGCUCAGCGGAUACACAACCUGACCGCCUACUUGCAGAUGCUCCACUUGCAAUCGCUGGCCAAUGCAGACCACACCACCCUGCUGCUGAACUGCUAUACCAAGCUGAAGGACAUCUCCAAGCUGGAGGAGUUCAUCAAGACCAGUGAGAGCGAGGUGCACUUUGACGUGGAGACAGCUAUCAAGGUACUUCGCCAGGCAGGCUGCUAUUCACAUGCUGUGUACCUGGCUGAGAAGCACAAGCACCACGAGUGGUACCUGAAGAUUCAGCUAGAAGAUAUCAAGAACUUCCAGGAGGCUCUGUGUUAUAUCGGCAAGCUUCCCUUCGAGCAGGCUGAGAGUAACAUGAAGCGCUACGGCAAGAUCCUCAUGCAUCACAUCCCCAAUGAAACCACUGAACUGCUGAAGAUACUCUGCACGGACUAUCGGCCAAUGAAAGAGCAAGAGGGUUCUGGCCUGCUGGUGGAGCGGAGGGCAAAUCCUGAUGAAUUCAUUCCCAUCUUUGCUAACAACCCCCGGGAGCUGAAGGCUUUCUUAGAACACAUGUCUGAGGUUCAGCCGGACUCUAAGCAGGGUGUAUAUGACACCCUAUUGGAGCUCCGUCUCCAGAACUGGGCCCACGAACAAGAUCCGCAGAUCAAAGAGAAGCUGCACAAUGAAACCAUUCUUUUGCUGAAGAGUGGAAAGUUCCAGGAUGUCUUUGACAAGGCCUUGGUCUUGUGCCAGAUGCAUAACUUCAAGGAUGGGAUCCUUUACCUCUACGAGCAGCACAAACUUUUCCAGCAGAUCAUGCAUUACCACAUGCAGAACGGGCAGUACCGGCAGGUGGUGGAGGUUUGCGAGCUGUACGGGGAACAAGAGGCCUGUCUUUGGGAACAAGCACUUGGCUACUUCGCCCACAAGGAGGAGGACUGCAAGGAGUACAUGGCGGCUGUGCUCGCACGCAUCGAAACCAAAAAUCUCAUGCCGCCUUUGCUGGUUGUUCAAACUUUGGCUCACAAUUCCACGGCCACCCUGUCCGUCAUUAAGGAUUAUCUCAUCAGCAAACUGCAGAGACAAAGUUGCCAGAUAGAGCAGGAUGAACAAAAGAUCCAGAAAUACCGGGAGGAGACCAAGCGGAUCCGCCACGAUAUUGAAGAACUGAAAACAAGUCCCAAAAUAUUCCAGAAGACAAAGUGCAGCAUCUGCACCAGUGCUCUGGAGCUGCCCUCGGUGCACUUCCUGUGCGGCCAUUCCUUCCAUCAGCACUGCUUUGAGAGCUACUCGGAGAGUGGGUCGGAGUGCCCCACAUGCCUUCCUGAAAACCGGAAAGUCAUGGACAUGAUCCGUGCCCAAGAGCAGAAACGAGACCUGCAUGACCAGUUCCAACACCAGCUGAAAUAUUCCAACGACAGCUUCUCUGUGGUUGCCGAUUAUUUUGGCCGUGGUGUUUUCAACAAACUCACCCUCAUCACAGACCUUCCUCCGAGCAAAUCGGCUGCAGCGCUCGAUGCAAGCUUGCAACGGGACCUGCUUGUCAAGACAAAGAGGAGCACCUAGAAGUCCUUUCAUCCAGAUGUGUUCACUUUGUGGAGCUGGGAACUGGCAAAGACAGAGUCCCGUUCAGCACAAACGCCCUGCCAGACAGAGGCGGGCGGGGAAGAAAUGUGACUCGGUUGGAGGGACAUUAAGCCCGCUUGCUUGCCUCGGCUCCUGGAUCUUUGCUCCUCCCCAGGACGGGAACCAGGCAGGGCCGGGGCGGGGAGGGGCAUGUGACCUUCUCUGGAAAAAACAGUCCGGCUGGGGCUUUGGCUCCAGGCCCUGUCUGGCUCUCAGGAGGGGCCUGAGCAGAACCUCUAGCCAGGCCUGCCAGAGCCACAACGGCAGCCUCAACCACCGCCUCAGAGAGUAAGAACUGGUGUGACUGCAUGACUGACUAAAGGGCGUUGCUUGCACCUGCCUCUGGGCCUUCUUUCACGUGGGCAGGGUGAGUUGAGGGUCCCGGGGCUGGAGGCUUGGCAACUAUAGGGCAGCUCGGGGGUGGCGGCCGGGGAAAUCUCACUGGGGCAAAGAUGUGCUUUCCCGGUGACCGCACAUGUGCUCAUGUUCAGCUUAUAGUCAGUCACUCACACAGUCACAGCCCUGGAAAAUUGCCACACUCCAAUCACUGAGGCACAAACAGCUCUGUAGAAUACAUGGAGACCCAGUUAAUUUAAAAUAACAGCAAACUUUACUGAUUACAAAGUAUAUCUCUUUGGGCACACACACACACACACACACACACACACACACACACACACACGCACGCGCGCGCGCGCUUCAGGACCCAUUUUAUCCCCCAAGGUCCUUGCUUUGUGGGUGGGGCUCAGGAAGGGGCUUUCCAUGUGCUCUGGCCCAACUUCCUUUGUCUGAUUUAGGUGACAUUUGUUUCUUUUGGUUCUUCAACAACUUGGUUCCUUCUUAGCUAUUUUCCCUGGGUGAGCUUUUCCUGGCUUUUGUUCACCUUGCUUAUGUGCUUGUUUCACCUUUAGGUAUGGUGGCUUAGACCUAGUCCCACACAUUCCUUCCCCGACAUCAAGUUAAAACAGCAGAUGCCACAAAAUGGGGCUCCCCCAUCAACAAACUCGGAGCAUUACAGUU